AUGACUUGGCACCAUGCCCAACAAUUCUGUCGAAGACUGGGAGGAGACCUGGUAAAGAUUACCAAUGCGCGGGAAAACGAGUUCGUCCUAGCCCUCGCGAGGAAGUUUGCACCAACAAGGCAACAAGUGUGGAUCGGCCUGAUGUGGACCGCUAACGACUUUUACUGGAGUGAUUACUCUGUUCCAGUCUACAAAGCCUGGGCUCCAAAUGAACCGAAUGGAAAAUCCCGGGAACCAUGCAGCAACAUGUGGACUAGGCAUACUUCCUCAAUGCCAAUCAGAGCAAACGGUUACUGGAAUGACCUCCCUUGUACGGCACCAUCUCAAUUGCCCUGUGGCCUGGUGUGUAAAAGGCUCGCUUGAACUGCUAACGCUGGAAUACCAAAAAUCGACGCUUAGAGAUUUAGAGGCAAAAUUUGGUAAUGGGAUCAUAAGAUAAAAUUGUAAGGUGUAAAGAAAUGCUUGUCUUACAAUAAAGCGUCAGCUUAAGUCAUUUAACUUGUCCUAUUACUGUGUCUGACGCUGUCAAUGCCAAUUUGGUCAAACGAAUAAUUCAAUUACUACGAAAUAGUCAAGUCAAUAUUUGACUCUUAUCAUUCUGCGAGGUCAGACGAUUGCCGGGAAAGAGAAAUUUUAUGACUUAUGUAGAUGCUAGUCAUAAAAUUUGCCGGACUCACAGAAAGAAAUGGUACCGGCCACCAGAAUAAAAUUUAAUCCCAAAAUAGAAAGAGAGUUUUCCCAUUUCUCGUAUUUCUUUUUUAGGGGGGGAGGGGUGGGAGCACAAGCUGAUGCACAUAUACAAGGUAUCAGUUUCUUGUGUACAACACAGAAGUGGACAAAGGGAUUGAGAAUUUUUGGUGGGAGGAGUGGGUGGUGUGCAAAAAUUCAACUAGGCAAUGUUCUCCCAAAAGUGACGUACAUACUGGCCUCUUUCUUUUUUUCUUCAUCGGCCUUCAGAUUGAGCUCUAUUGUGUUUUCUCUUGUUCUAAUCUUGAUUAUUAUUGGCUGAUUAGUGGUCAGUUGUGGGCUGAUUCCAGGUUAUGGUGCAGCUGCUCAGUAACAGAUAAAACAUGACAAAAAAUAUGUGAUAGGAAAAACAAGUGGCACACAAGGUGCAGCCAAGUGUGUCACCGAUGUUCUCACUGCAUCCCGACAUCUUACGUGAUCUGCCGUAAAAACAGAUGCAUAACAACAUGGAAUCUGUUUGUUUUGAAUAAUAAAAAGCAAAAUCUUGUUAACAGUGAACUCAUCUCUGUGUCUGUCUGUCCAAUAGAUCACAGGUGAGAACCAAUUAAGUUAGUAAAUAAGUAAAUCCUUAUUUCAAUAGGGCGCACAAUUACAGUCAAGACUGUAUUCUCCCUUAUGGCCCUUUUAAACUGAAUAACAAUAUUUCUAAUCAUAGACAUUUAAAAUACUAAAUAACAAGAUAUUAAGGAUAUUAAAAAAAAUUAAGAUCACAUGGAACUUACAAUCAUAUUAAUAAAAACUAGAAUAUUCUGUCAGUUUUAAAACUAUCAGGUGUGAAUUUACACCUAAUGCAGUCAAGGUAGUUUAAAACUUCUUUAGAUCGGUGGAAUAAACAAACUCAUUAUCGCUAAUAUUCUUCCACAAUUGAAGAGCAUUAAAAAAAAACAUUCGUUUCCUGUUAACGUUGUUGGUUCGUGGAGUGGGGAGGUGAUAAGGCAUCCGAGAUCUUGUGUCAUGAGACUUGCAGUAUUUCAAUGA